CCUGCCCUCUUUUUCUGCCUCCGUUUUUCCCUAUUCUCUGUUUUUCUCUCAGAGGCUGGUCAAGCUCAUCUCCUCCAGGUCUGGCUCUCCACCUGGCCUCCAUGAGUUUAAUUGAGGACAAGCCAUUCCUCCCUGGAAGAUGGGAACUGCUUCAGACACAGCCUCUUUUUUUGCCUCGAGCAUCUCCAAGAAGCACGACAUCCUCAUGGGUUCUCUCUACAUCUUGUUUUGUAUACUGUCCCUUCUUGGCAACUGCCUUCUGCUGCUUGUUGCUUAUCACAAGAGAUCAACUUUAAAACCAGCAGAGUUCUUCAUCAUCAACCUCUCCAUCAGCGACCUCGGGAUGACACUCUCUUUGUUUCCACUUGCAAUACCAUCAGCCUUUUCGCACAGGUGGCUUUUUGGAGAAAUUGCCUGCCAGCUUUAUGCCAUGUGUGGAGUGUUGUUUGGUCUCUGCAGCCUGACAAACCUCACAGCCCUCUCCUUGGUGUGUUGCCUUAAAGUCUGCUUCCCAACCUAUGGGAACAAGUUCUCCCCUUCACACGCCCGCCUCCUAGUGGCUGGGGUGUGGUGCUACGCAUCUGUGUUUGCUGUGGGGCCCCUGGCACAGUGGGGGCAUUACAGUGCUGAACCUUACGGCACUGCCUGCUGCAUUGACUGGCAUGCACCCAACCAGGAGCUUUUAGCUUUGACAUACAUAGUCUGCCUCUUCGUCUUUUGCUAUGCACUGCCCUGCACCAUCAUCUUCCUCUCCUACAGUUUCAUUCUGCUGACUGUGCGGGGGUCGCGUCAAGCCGUUCAGCAGCAUGUGUCACCACAGGCCAAGACCACCAAUGCACAUGCUCUCAUUGUGAAGCUGUCCAUAGCAGUGUGCAUAGGUUUCCUGGGAGCCUGGACCCCCUAUGCUGCCAUCGCGAUGUGGGCUGCUUUUGGAGAUGCCAAAAGUGUCCCUGCUGCUGCCUUCGCCCUGGCUGCAGUGUUUGCCAAGUCUUCCACCAUCUACAACCCGAUGGUCUACCUGCUCUGCAAGCCCAACUUCCGGGAGUGUUUGUGUAGAGACACAUCUACACUGCGACAGAUGAUCUACAGGGGGAGCCCACAGCCGCAAGAACGCUUUAGCUUUACUCCACAGUGCAACAAAGACACGGGUGCCUCCACAAGAUUCUCGAAUGGACACCAAGAGAGCUAUGGGGCAUGUCUGAACUACACAGAGAACGUGCCACAAUGUCAUGUAGGCGCUCCACAAAAGACUGCCUGCAUCCUGAUGGAAUCCACCUACACAGAGGUGACAGUUAGUCAGCUUUCAGCCAAACCAGAAACCGAUUUAAUCUAACGGAGUGGCAUUCUGAUUCCACGGGACAGAUGUUUAACCAUAGCAGCUCCACAGGUUUGCAAUGAGUCUGAAGGACUGAAAUGACAAAUCUGCACUGGUCUAAGUCAGUCUGAAAAGAUUUGCCACGGUUUACUUCACGCAACCACUAUGGUUACUGAUGGUUGUAUUUUAAUUAAUAGACAUUUAACAGGAUUCCAAAAGUGUAAAACCUAGGACAUUGAUGCUCCUGCUGGAUCAGGGACACACUGUUAAAAACAUGAAAACAAAGAGAUGUGGGAGACCACAUGAUAAGAAAGAAGGUACAUGUGCAGUUGAAAAGUGUUUCUCAACCUAAAAUCACCACUCUCUGUAGACUUGAACUCCUGUGUGAAUGUUUUGUCAUCAUUACAGGGAUCCAUUGAAAAGGAAAAUAAAAUCAAACUCACAGAUUCUGUUUUUUGGUAACACUGAGCCAACACACAUAUCAUGGCCCAUUCAGGGGUUGAGUGUUUGCUACAGACAUCGUAAGGUGGUGCAGGAGCCCUACUUUCCUGACAUUAAAACCAAAGGUAGAAAAUGAAAAAUGCGAUGGGAGAAUAAAGACUAAAAAAAUGUGCUGCAAGUGUGUCAGUAAGAGUUCUUAGUUAUGAUUGAAUAGAAAAAAAACCUAUCGGACAUCUUACAAUCUGUCCUGUCGAUCACUGAUCAGAGCCAGUUAAGGGAAUAUUGGCCAGUUUUGACCUUUGGCUGGUUAAUUGAUGCAUCGCUAAUUUCAGGCUAACUCCAUUGAAACUAUGUGAUUAGAUACUGGUAGAUAUGUGUUAAUGGAGGUCCACUAUUAAGAUAAGUUAGAAUUAAAUAACACCUACAACCUAGUACAUGAUAACGUGGAAUGUUUUACAAAUUUUUAUAUUUUUGUCAGUGCAAAAAAACCACAGAAAGAUUUGAAUAACAAACUCUGGAUUUCCAAAGAGGUUUUUAAACUGACAAAUUUAAUUUAAUAAUUGCUUAAAUGUUUUCAUUUGAUCCUUGCACAUCAGGGAGACUUAUCUGAUAUGGAAAACAAAUUAAGCUGCAGUUCCUUUUAUUGCUGUCCUGCUCAUCUUUCCAUGCAACUAAUGUGAAUAGCUUUUAACUGAAACAAACAAGUGCUUAGAUCCAUUUAAAUUGAGGAAAUGAUCAUAUCUGAUGUCCUGCAUGCUGAUCCAAAAAUGUGCUUUCCCAGAAAUCACAAACAGCACUUGGCUAUAUUUAAAUCUGCUCUUUUCCUUUUUCGCAUACAGUGCUGUGUGGCUUUAUGUGCAUGUAAAGAUGGACAUAAUAAAAACUAUUAUUGACAAAUUAAAAAGAAAUGUAAGAGUUAUUACUAAAAACAUAAAAAACUC